UGCGUCCAUCGUUGCUCCUUAGUCAUUCUCGGCAUUGUUCACCUGAAAGUUUAUCUAGGUUUCGAAUAAAAGUUAACUAAAACAAGUGUAAUAGUGAAAGUAGUAAACAUCGUUUCGUUAUCAAACACUCCUGUGACGAAAAAGUAAAAUAGAUUCAAAACAAUGGCCGAGGAAUCCGGAUCUGGAUAUCAGCUACGAAGGCGACGUGGUCUUGGUAAGCCGCAACUGGCCUUAAACCUGGAUGCGGGUUACGUGAACGAAGGUUGCAGUAAACUGGGAACGCCCUCACCAAGUUACGUGAAACUAACGCCCAGUGUCACCCCCAGCUCUGCCAGAUUGCUACAAGAAUUUAAGAAUAAACAACAGUCGUUCGAUAUACGGGUAGAGGAUUGCGAAGAAAUAGAAAUUAUUAUUGAGAGCGACGAAGAAGGUGAGGCUGAGGAAAAUGCUUCGGCGGUCGUACAGAAUCGCCCCAUCACUCCCACCCCCGUACAGGACUUCGGUACUAGUGUCGUCUAUAUGGAAGGACCGCAAGCUACCGAUUUUCUGAAAGUAAAAACAUUCGAGCAAGAUUGUUACACUGACGUCUCGGAUGCGGGUUCAGACGAUGAAGACGAGCAAUAGUCUGACGUACUCAUAUUUCACACUACUCAUGUUAUGAAGCACUUUAAAUAGUAUGUUUAUUUACACAAUUAUAUAAAAUAAUAAAUAAAUAUAUUUCUAUACUAACAUACCUCUUUUUGAAGGAACCGCAUUUGCGAACUUAUUUUCAACCCUUGUCUACCCAUGGGGUCAAUUUCACCACAAGGAAACAUAUAGACUAAAAAUUUAAAAACACGAACUACUGUCACAGACCACAGUCAAAGUUUAAGUUCUUUGAUGAAUAAAUACGCGACA